AUGCCACUCAACUUGGCCGCAGAGAAUGAGCUACAGAUGAUGCGACCGUGUUGCUUUUUUUGGUUACGCGCUUACGGAUUCAUUCGACGCAAGUCAAUGUCGUUUGUAACAUCCACCAUCGUGAAAUUCGAGCUGCGUCGCGUCAAUUCGGCAUUCAUUAUCGGUGGAGGUACUGCACCCCAUCCGACAUUAUGGAACUAUUUGAUGUAA